AUGACAAUUGUUUGCAACGUAUGCGAGCUUGGAAAAUCGAAAUAUAAGUGUCUGGAGUGUCUGAUUUCUUAUUGUUCUCUUGACUGCCGGAAGAAUCACAAAUCUUUAACAACAUGUAAGCCUGUAACAUACAGACAUACAGAAUCCACAUCGGGAGAUGAUGUUGCUUUGGAGAAGUUACAAGCAUUACCGGAGUCAGAUGAACUUAAAGAUGUUUUAAAAUACCACGAAUUGAGAGAGAUGUUAACAGCAACUGAUAAAUUUAAACAUCCUUCACAAGCAAUUCUGGCAGCAAUGAUCGAACGUAUGUUUGCCGAAUUUGCUGACAUUUGCCUGAAAAUUGUUGAGCCUCCAGCAGAAAGAAAAAUCUCUUUGUAUACUCGGAAUGUCUUUUCUCCACGUAUCAUUUGUAUGUACUGCAUUACGUUCUUUGCUUGA